UAGUAAUCCACGGGCAAAAGCAGUAGAGUAGAGUCAUUUCAGAGAGUUGCGUGGCCAGCAGCCAGCCAGCUUGCUUGCUUCUCUGCUUGCUCGCUUGCAGCCACAGCCAUGGCGUCUCACUCUGCAAUUAACGAACUCUAUAAUUCUUCCAAAUUGAUUCCGUGUGUUUUCCCACUUUUCCGCAUCGUUAUCCUUUUGCUUUCUAUCUCAUCGGCUGACAGUUCUACGCACAUCUCCGACGGUCCCAAGAAUGAUUUGUUUCCUGAAAUUCUAAGAGAUGAGGCCGUAGCAAGAAUUUAUGAGCUGGGAAAGGUAAGUGAUGGGCAUGGCUAUCUGGAGAGGACUUUCUUGAGCCCAGCUUCCAUCAGGGCUGGGAAUCUUAUCAGAACGUGGAUGGAGGAUGCUGGUUUGACAACGUGGGUGGAUGGAUUGGGGAAUGUGCAUGGUAGAGUUCAACCACCAAAUGCUAGCAACAAGGCUCUUCUAAUCGGUUCUCAUUUGGAUACUGUUGUUGAUGCUGGAAGGUCAAGGCAUCUACAACAUCCGGUUGAAGUAAUUGCGUUUAGUGAUGAAGAAGGAGUUAGAUUUCAAUCUACAUUUCUAGGAAGUGCAGCUCUUGCAGGGGUACUUCCUGCUUCGACAUUGCAGGUACCUGACAAAAGUGGCUUGACAGUGCAAAAUGUUUUAAAAGAGAACUUGAUAGACACUACAGAAGAAAACCUGAGUCAGAUCAAAUAUGAACCUGAGUCUGUUUUGGGCUAUGUGGAGGUUCACAUCGAACAGGGACCUGUACUUGAAUCAAUUGGUCUUCCUCUUGCUGUGGUAAAAGGUAUUGCUGGACAGACACGGUUAAAGCUGACAGUGAGAGGAUCACAAGGACAUGCUGGAACAGUUCCCAUGUCUAUGCGCCAAGACCCUAUGGUUGCUGCAGCUGAAUUGAUUGUAUUAUUAGAAAGCCUAUGUAAACACCCACAGGAUUUUAUUUCAAGUAAUGGACACUGCAAUGCCUUCUCCAUUGAAUCCCUUUCAGGAUCACUUGUUUGUACAGUUGGUGAGAUAUCAACCUGGCCCAGUGCAAGUAAUGUCAUACCAGGCCAGGUAUCAUUUACUAUAGAUAUCCGUACUAUAGAUGACAUAGGAAGGGAGGCCAUCAUAUACGAAUUGUCAAAUCAGAUGCAUAGAAUAUGUGAUGGUCGUUCUGUUUCUUGUUUCCUGGACCGUAAGCAUGAUGCAGAUGCUGUAAAUUGUGAUGGCGGAUUAAAUUCACAGCUGAAAUCUGCUGCCUACACUGCUUUGAAGCGAAUGGCGGGUGAAGAUAUUGGUGAUGUGCCAGUACUCAUGAGUGGUGCAGGCCAUGAUGCAAUGGCCAUGUCUCAUUUGACCAAGGUUGGUAUGCUAUUUGUUAGGUGUCGUGGAGGGAUUAGUCAUUCCCCAGAAGAGCAUGUAUUAGAAGAUGAUGUUUGGGCGGCGGGUUUGGCAAUUCAAGCAUUCCUGGAGACUAACUUGAAUGAUUUCUUAAUUAUUGGUGGGGUCGAUGUUGUCGGUGUGAAUGUUGGUGUCGAUCCUGAGGCAGACGAUGGUGUUGGUGUCGAUGAAGUUUUGGAUUGUGGGGCUGAUACGGUACUAAACAGUAGGCAGUUAGACAUUGUUGGCCUGAUGUUCGGUGUGGAGGCGGGGGUGGAUGCUAGCGUUGAUAUAGUACGAAAUGGUGGGACCGACGACGAUGACAAUGCAGGUGUAGUGUAG